AGGAGUUAUUACAAGCCUGGCUGCAUGAAUCACUAAUUCCUCUGCUUGGUUAUACAGUUUGUUUAGUCAGUGUGUAAUAGGAGGACAUAGAAACAGUUUGGGGAGAGAGCCUGAAACUAAAGGAUGCUGCUGCUGGAAGGGCUGAUCAUAUUCCCUCAUAUUCUUUGCUUCAUAUCAAGUUCUGCAUACGCGGCAGCAGGACCCAUAUUCUUGAUCACUUCUCCCAUGGAUAUACGGCCAGGCGUAAACCUGACACUAGGCAUUGAGAUGCUAAAAGAGAGCCCUCCCUUAGUAAAAGUAGUGGCUGAACUCCAAAAAGAUGAACAUACAUUGCUGGAGGGAGAAAGCUUCUUUAACAGAGGAACCUUUGGAACAUUGGUGCUUCCUCAACUUCCAUUAAAUAGCGUUAACGGAAAGUAUGAACUAAACGUAAAAGGAUAUUAUGAGGAAAAGCUGAUAUUUUUCAACAAGACAUCCUUGGAGUUUAAGUCCAAAGGUUUCUCUGUCUUCAUUGAAACAAACAGUGUUUUUUAUAAGCCUGGCCAAGAAGUCAAGAUACGCAUACUCGCCUUCUCUUUACUCAUGAAGCCUUACAGAUCUACAGUCGAUAUAUACAUUUUGGACCCUCAGGGAAAUUUAAUUGAACAAUGGCUUGAAGAGGAGAUGGAGUUAGGUGUUGUAUCCCAAAUCCUAUACCUCAGCAAUAACCCUCCUCUAGGGGACUGGACUAUAAAAGUGAAGUUGCAUCAACAGCUUCAUUAUCAAACAUUUACAGUUAUGGAACAUGUUUUACCCAGAUUUGAAGUUUUGCUAAACACACCAUUAUAUCAUUCGAUAAAAAAUCUUCAUCUUGAAGGUACAGUUACUGCAAAGUACACAUAUGGAAUGCCUGUUAGAGGAAAACUUUCAGUUAUGUUAAGUCAUAAUUCAAUCUACAAGAAGAAAUCAAACAUUACCAAAGAUUUUGUGAUAAAUGGAUCUGCAAAAUUCAGCUUCAGUAACCAAGAGCUAAGAGAGCUUAUGAAAAAUGCAGAUUAUGAAUCUAAUAAAAUUACUGGCCCAGUGGACAUUGUUGUUGAUGUUAAGGAGUCACUUACAGGCAUUACAGAGAAUGUGACCACAAGUGUGUUUGUAAUUGACAAAGAAUAUAGCGUUGAAUUUUUGGACUAUCCCACUGUCCUGAAGCCAAUGCUUAACUUCACAACACGUCUGCAGAUUCUGCGGUAUGAUGGAAGGAAGCUGACUGCUGAAGAAAGAGAGAAUGAAGUUGCAGUGACAGUAACACAGACCAGAAGGUUUCCUUUUGGAGACAACCCUGUUAAAAUGAACACAACUCAGAAUGACGCAGAAGAUUAUGUGCAAAUUGAACAACUUACACGCUAUACUGUUCCCAAAAAUGGGUUCAUUUCUUUUGAGAUUCCGCUCUUGGCUGAUAUCACCCAUUUAUAUAUUAAGGCUGAAUUUUUGGAUGCUAAAAAUAAUCUUUUUAUUAAUGAUCUGUUUAGCUCACUAAAUGGUACAUAUAUUCAAAUUAAGAAAGCAGAACAAGAUUUAAAGGUUGGAACACCAUUUAUCCUUUCUGUAGAUGGAAGUAUUCCUUUAAAGGACAUAAGUUACCUGGUUGUAUCCAAAGGUCAGAUUGUGACUGGAGGUAAAAGUAACCUCAAGGAUAUUACCCUUAAUCCUGAAAAUACGUGGACCCCAGAAGUGUGCUUAAUUGUUUAUCAUGUAGCUAAUGAUGGCACAGUUAUAAAUGAUGUCACAACAGUCUCCGUGCAGCCCAUCUUUGAAAACAAGGUUUUUGUUUUUUGGAAUAGAACUCAGGCAAGGCCAGGUGAAACAGUUUCCCUUAAUGUCAUUGUUGCUGAGCCCAAUUCACUUGUUGUGCUUUCAGCAAUAGACAAAAGAGUGAAGCUUUUUGGGGACAGACAAGAAAUUUCUACAGCAAAUGUGCUAAAGGAGUUAAAAAGCUACAGCACUUCUCACAUACAACAUUACACUAACCCCUCUGAAGUUUUUGAGAUGUGUAAUAUUGGAGUGAUGACUGAUGCCAACAUUGAAGUUCAUGAUCAUUUUGAUAUUUUGUUGGAAUCUGGCUUUGAUAUACCAAUACAAGGAGCUCUUCCUGUUCAUUUUGGCAGCCCUCGGAUAAGAUCCCUUUUCCCAGAGACGUGGCUUUGGAAUCAUUUAACAACUGGAUCCACAACACAUAUGGCACUUGACUUGAAGGUGCCAGAUGUCAUCACUGCUUGGAUCACCAGUGCUUAUGUGAUAUCAGAGAAUUUGGGAUUCGGAAUGCUGGCAGUCCCAGAGCAGCUGGAAGCCUUUCAACCAUUUUUUGUUUCCUUACAUUUGCCCAGUUAUGUUAUCAGAGGAGAACAAUUUGUGUUGGAAGUAAUUGUCUUCAACUAUUUGCAGGAAGAAACUGAGGUGUCUGUAAUGCUUGAAAAAAGUGAUGCUUUUGAAAUUCAGUUAACGUUUGUAAAUGCAAGUGAGAGCCAACAGACUGUGUCAAUCCCAAGCCAAGAAGGAAAAAUUGUUUUCUUUCCAAUCAAACCAAUCCAUCUUGGCGAGAUUCCUAUUACUGUAAAAGCCAUAUCCUCUCUUGCUUCAGACGCUGUAACUCAGAAACUACAAGUUAAGGCAGAAGGAGUAGAACAGUCCCAUUCACAGACACUCCUUUUGGAUCUGAUGGGCAAUAAACCAAAAUCCAUUUCACAGACUAUGAAUUUUACAUUCCCUCCUGAUGUAGUAAGUGGCAGUGAAAAGGCAUUUAUUACUGUUGUUGGUGAUCACCUCGGGCUCUCAAUUAGAAGCAUAGAGUCAUUAAUUCAAAUGCCAUAUGGAUGUGGUGAACAGAACAUGAUAAGAUUUGCUCCUAACGUUUUCAUUAUGGAAUACCUAACCAGGACAAAGCAACUGAAUGAAGAGAUUGCCCAUAGACUUAUUUCAUUUAUUAAAAAUGGCUAUCAGAGAGAGCUUGUCUAUCAAAGGGAGGAUGGAUCAUUUAGUGCAUUUGGAAAUAGGGAUCCUUUUGGAAGUACAUGGUUAUCAGCAUUUGUUCUGCAAUGUUUUUUAAAAGCAAGACCAUUUAUACUAGUUGAUCCUGUGGUACUGCAUGAAACACUAACGUGGCUUUUGAAACACCAGAGGAAAAAUGGUGAAUUCUGGGAACCUGGGACAGUGAUUUAUGCUCAAAUUCAAGGUGGCCAGCACAGUGCAAUUACUCUAACUGCCUACAUUAUGGCUGCUCUCAUUGAAUACCCGGGACUAAAGAACUCCUCUCAAGUGGCAGCUGCAACAGAUUACUUAGAAUCGCAAAUGGAUGAAAUAAUUUCAGACAAUUACACCCUUAGUCUUGUGACAUACGCACUUUCAUUGGUUGGAAGAAGCAAAGCAAAAGAAGGGAUGGAUCUUCUGAACAAGAGAGCAGAACAAGAAGGGCAAUUGCGAUUUUGGAAAUCUUCAGCACCUAGUUGCCAGCAUCCAUGUACUACAGAUAUAGCAAUUUCUUCCUAUGCUCUUCUGUCCCAUGUGGUCCAGAAUCGAGUUUCAGAAGGGAUACCAGUAAUGAAAUGGUUAAGCCAACAGCGAAGUCAUCUUGGUGGUUUUUCCUCUACUCAGGAUACUAUUAUAGCUCUGCAAGCAAUAUCUUCGUUUGCAUCUGUGUAUACAAUAAGCAAACAAAUGCUGACAAUUACAGUGAAUUCUCACUCCCUGAAUUCUACUGCAACCUUUCAGAUUGACUCAAACAACCGCAUUCUUCUUCAAACGAAACAACUUGCUACUCAGCAGCAAAUGAACUUCACUGUACAUGCAGAAGGUAUUGGUUUUGCCAUUUUACAGUUUCACACAAUUUACAAUCUGAAAAAUCCAUUUGCAUCAGGAAGGCACAAGUCCAAAUCAAGUCAAGAUGCGUUUGAUCUAAGUAUUACUGUACUUGACAACAAAGAUAAUUUAAAUGUUGUCUCUUUAAAUAUUUGCACAAGAAAAAUACUAAUUGAUGGCUCUACCCAGACUGGGAUGGUUCUAAUGCAAGUGGACUUACUUAGUGGUUUCAGCUUGGCUCCUAAAGGAGUCACAGUGAAAUAUCCAAUCAAAAAAGUGGAUUAUAAUGAAGGCAAAAUCAACAUUUACUUUGACUUUAUCAACCAAACUGAAGUUUGCAUAGAUGUCCCAGCUACUAGAGAUUUUAAAGUUGGAUACACCCAAGAAGCUUUUGUAUACAUUGUUGAUUACUAUAAUCCAGGUCAAAUGGCAAUCAGAAGCUACAAUUCAGAAGUAAUGCAGCAAGUUUCACCUUGUUCUUUCUGCAAAGAUGACUGCAAUCGAUGUAUACCAGGGAAUCAAGCUAUAAGGACUGAACCAAAAUCUUUUAUCAUUUGCAUGUUUAUUAUUUUGCUGCUAUUUCAACUGAUGUUACUAUAAGCAAUACAUAUUCCUUCUUAACAAUCAACCCACCUAUGUUUUUGAAUGUUGUGUGCCCAAAGAUGCAUAAAACCAGAAAACACCUGAAAUGGUCCAAUACAAUUACCAUGUCAGUCAUGCUGCCCUCUCUUACUGAUAUUGGAAUUUAUAUAUAAUAUUUUUGUUAAUUUUGCCCAUUGUAUUGACAAAGUUACUUCUGAUGAAUUGUGUACAAAUGUAGUCAAGUGCAAUAAUUGCAAUAACAGUGUAACAGAGGGCACACGGGAGUCUUGGAAUUAACUCCUGCAUUGAGGAGGUGUUUCUUUAAGAGUUCUCUAUAACAUAUACACACAACUCACUUAGUGAAUAGUAUGCUCAUACUAUAAUGAUGUCAUGUGCAAAAAGAAACACUAUUUACACACAAAUUCAGUAAAAAAAAAAAAACAAUUCCCAGUGAUUUGAGCCCAAUUUCCCAAUGUAUCUUCUAAUUUGCAUCUUUGCACAGGUAAAUCACAGGUAAAUCAUGCAUUCCCGCAAUGGCUUGUUUUAAAGGGGCAUGCUAUUGCGCGGGACUCUGUUGAAAAUACUGUUUUGGAGUAAAAAAAUAUGGUGAAUAUUGCUCCAGUUUCUAAAACUAACAUUUAUGAAUGCUGUUAAACCACCACUUCACAGACCAAUACAAAGUGCAGAUUAAUGUUAAAAUCCAUUGGCGAGUUAUGAGACAUGGCUUCAGUUCUGAGAUACAAAGCAGGACAUGCUGUUGGUCGUUUCUCCUCUUACACUUGCAGCCAAGUAAUAAUCAAACAUUAUCCCAGCAUUUCAAUAGUCUGCCAGUUUGUAUUUAACGCCUGUGUAAUAUAGUUUUUUGUCAGAACGUAGAAUUUUGUAGAUGCGCUCUCAGUCCAUAUUUAACCUUCCAAAACUGUUUUGUGUAAUAUUAUCCUAUACACUAUGAGCCCAGCAAACUGGCACUUGUUACUAGAAGAGCCUGUAACUCACUGAUA